CUGCCCCUCACCCAUUCACACUCUCUUGCUCUCAAAAAAUAAAUAAAACAUUAAAAAAAAGAGGUGCUCAACAUUAUUAGUCAAUAGAGAAAUGGAAAUUAAAGCAGUGAGCUACUGCACACCUUCUAGAAUGGCUGGAAUCCAAGAGGAACGGAUUUAUAUGUCUACAAAACCAAAACAAGACAAAAGUGAAAGGAUGUUUGUAGAACCUUUAUUUGUGGCUGCUAAAAAUUAGGUAAAACCCAACGUACAUUAGCAGUAGAACGGACAAGUCAACUGUGGUAUAUUUAUAAAAGGAAACAUUAUAAAAGCAGUUAAAGAAUGAACUGCUGAUACACGCGUCCACAUGAAUGGAUUUCGUAGACCUAAGGAGCCAAAGGAUUGUAUACCAUAUGAUUCAUUUAAGUGAAGUCCCAAAACAGGUUCAGCUAUUUCCCCGUCCUAGAAGUCGAAGCGGUGGUUCCUCCGGCAACCUUUUGGGGUAUUGGAAAUGUUGUGUAUGUUGAGUUGGGCAGUAGUUACAUGGGUGUAUGUAUAUGUAAAAACUCAAGUUGCACACCUAAGAUUUGUGCACUUUCUGUUAUCCUUUAAAGAGGUGCUAGUGAGAAUUGGCCAUGUUAGGCUAAUUAACUUGAUGAGGAAAACCAGCAGGAAUGAUGACAAGAGAGAUGCCUUGUAAGACUUUAAAAGGAGCAUGAGAGGCUUCAGGGGAAUAAAUGAUGAAAUCUAGAAUUUUUCUUUUGUGAUAAUUGUCUUGCAAAAGGCAAAUGUGAAAUCAAGAUUGUCAUAUCAUGCCGUUUUACAGUUUAGCCACAAGAUUAUGUCCCAAUCCCUUAUUAAUUCCUUGUCCUGAGAAUUAGUGCAUAGUUGUGAGUGUAACCUAAAUUUUGGUUAAUAUAAGAUACAUUAUGCAAAUAAGUUGAUUUUUAUUUCGUUUCAUUUUUGAAGGUGAAAAUUCUAAUCCAGUCUCUCUUUUUCAUCAUUGUGAAAUGUCUCUGUUUAAGAGAAAUCACUGUGUGGCUUUUUCCAUUCUAUGCUAAUUGCUCUUGGAUAACAGGACUCCUGUGAUCGCUUUGGCUGCAAGGUUUUGGAUAAAGUAAUGGAGCUGAGAAAAGCCUGUGAAUCAUGGUGUCAUGGAAAGGGAUUUACUUCAUACUCACUCUGUUUUGGGGAAGCUUUUUUGGAAGCAUAUUCAUGCUGGGUCCCUUUUUACCUUUGAUGUUUGUAAACCCAUCUUGGUAUCGCUGGAUCAACAACCGCCUCGUGGCAACUUGGCUCACACUACCUGUGGCAUUGUUGGAGACCAUGUUUGGUGUAAAAGUUAUUAUAACAGGUGAUGCAUUCGUUCCUGGAGAAAGAAGUGUCAUUAUCAUGAAUCAUCGGACAAGAAUGGACUGGAUGUUCCUGUGGAAUUGUCUGAUGAGAUAUAGCUACCUCAGAUUGGAGAAAAUUUGCCUCAAAGCCAGUCUCAAAAGUGUUCCUGGAUUUGGUUGGGCCAUGCAGGCUGCUGCCUAUAUCUUCAUUCAUAGGAAAUGGAAGGAUGACAAGAGCCAUUUUGAAGACAUGAUUGAUUAUUUUUGUGAUAUCCAUGAACCACUUCAACUCCUCAUAUUCCCAGAAGGGACUGAUCUCACAGAAAACAGCAAAGCUCGAAGUAAUGAUUUUGCUGAAAAGAAUGGGCUUCAGAAAUAUGAAUAUGUCUUACACCCAAGAACUACAGGCUUCACUUUUGUCGUAGACCGCCUAAGAGAAGGGAAGAACCUUGAUGCCGUCCACGACAUCACAGUGGCGUACCCUCACAACAUUCCUCAGACAGAGAAGCACCUUCUCUACGGCGACUUUCCCAAGGAGAUCCACUUCCACGUGCACCGCUACCCAGUGGACACUCUCCCCACCUCCAGGGAGGGCCUCCAGCUCUGGUGCCACAGGCGGUGGGAGGAGAAGGAACAGAGGCUGCGCUCCUUCUACCAAGGGGAGAAGAGCUUUCACUUCACCGGCCACACCAUAAUUCCACCUUGCAAGUCUGAGCUGAGGGUCUUUGCGGUCAAACUGCUCUCUAUACUUUAUUGGACCCUGUUCAGCCCUGCAAUGUGCCUCCUCAUAUAUUUGUACAGUCCUGUUCGGUGGUAUUUUAUCAUCACCGUUGUUGUCUUUGUGCUACAAGAGAGAAUAUUUGGUGGACUGGAGAUCAUUGAACUCGCAUGUUACCGUUUUCUACACAAGCAGCCACAUUUAAAUGUAAAAAAAAAAUGAGUGAGCUCGUAGGGUAACAACCCAAGGGUCUUUUGGAGAUGUGUUGAGCCUUUUUAAAUGGAGGUGCAUUUUUGCAUGACUAUGUCAGAUAUUUCUACUACCAUCAUUAUUUGUUAAAGAUAUUUUGCACUUAGUUUUGUGGGAAAAUAUUGCUACACACGAUUUUUUUUUUAAAUCUCUGAAUGUAAUUUCAAUACACGAAGCAGGGAGCGAUCGCUGUGAAAUAACUCGGGCCAGAGUUUUAUUAAGCAAUCGCCAGGCUGUUAAGGUACACAUACACGAUUUUCCUACAGGCCCAGUCCUCUUCCCCAACCGAUUCCCCAGCCAACUCCCCAGACAAGCAGCAGAUCUGGGGCUUGGGAGCACUGGCUCAGAUCAAGUGCUGGCACUUGACUGUUGAGGUGAGGGCCCUUCUUCCCAGCUCCCUCCCUCGGCACUGUCCCCACACUCAUUUCUAAACCAGUCAGACCACUGCAGCCUUCCUUAAGGCCAGAGACCAGAAAUCCCUUGCCCUUAAACCAACCAUUUCGAUAAGAAGCCCUUCAUUACUCAUAAAACCUUGGCAUUUAGCCUUGCACUGACCUAGACAUCAGAAGACCACCUGUGCCCUCUUUUCACACGAAGACCUGGACGUGUCUCAGGGAGCAACCACAGGCUCUCCACUUAGAAACCUUGGUUUGAGUUUUUAAAGGUAGGAAUUCAUACAGUUCUUCAUUUCUACGUACUCUAGCAUGCUUAGUGCCGGGGUCUCUGCUGCUUACUGGCAGGUGUAGCUCUUUCUGCGUAAAAACGAUACACAUCACAUCACUUACCUUUCUAAAGGAACAGCAUAGAGAAGGUUCUGUUCUUGGAGUCAGAAAUUCUCGAAGUUGUGUCUUUUGAAAUAUUUCUUUCAAACCUGCCCCCAGAGAGAAAGUUACUGUAUUUCUUGUACGUGCAUAGGUAUCUGUAACAUCUGCCACGAAAACAGACGGGGCAGUAAUGGUUUAUCCUAAAUUAUUCAACCCUCGUAGCCUUGACAAAGUUUACUCUUGGAACCAAAAUGGAAGCACGAAAAUGAACCCCUUUUUAAGGAUAACCAGGGCUCGCUCACUCUUUUUAGGCCCAGGCUGCUUCCCAGCAGUAAAAUUCAGACCCACUUUUGACCAGUUGUUUGCCUCAGUAGUCCUCGAUUUGGAGCCCAUGGGAAAUCCAGCAAACCAACAGCACCGAUCUCCUCUGAGGCAGAAGUGCGGGGUCAUGUUCCCCACCCUGCUGGGGCCAGGCACUGUGCUUUUCGUCAUAGGACGGGGGUGCUGGUCAGAGGCAGUGGAAAGCCUUUAGCUGUUAGCAAACCCGUCUACUUCACCCCUGCCUUGAACCAGCCUCAAAAGCCAUUGCUUUAUUACUCUUUUGGCAUGAAUGCCUUCUCCUUAAUUACGGCCUCUUUUUGCUCCACAGCGACUUUUAGCCCGACAAUUGAAGUGUGCAUUGCCGUGAAAGGUGAGCACAUCGUGAGCCCAACUUACGGAGGACAUUCUUUCAGAGUACAGGUUGCGCGUACGACGCUGUUGACACAUCACCUCUCCUGGGAGGGACCUGACCAGUGCCGCGCAGACACGCACCAGCCUGUAUUUAUCUGCUCCCCCAAGGCUGUUCUUAAUCCUGCCUGGAGCUACUAAUUCGUUAUUAUGAACAUCUGCUCUAAACCCAGCUGUUGAAUCUCCUGGCUUUUUCAGGUGUUUUCUUUUUUAGCUUUUUUUUUUUUUUCCUUAAUGAAAGAGUUUUCUAAUUUAGGUUUCUCUCAGACUUCCUUUUGGUUAUAUUUGGAAACAUAGAAGGAGUUUCACAGUCAGCAUCGCAUUCACAUUGUCCUGGGCGACAGAGAAAAGCUGUGUUUCCCGCCCCACACUUUAUACUGCCGCCCGCCGGCCUCUUCCAGCUUCUCGCGGCUCCUGGUUUAAGUAUAACCUCCAUACGAGGCGUGAGAUCCAUAAAAGAGGAAAUCUUUUUUUUUUUUCUUUCGUAGAAAAUGUUUUCCUUUUGAUCAUAAAAAAAUACACAUAGAAGAUUCAAACUUUGUUUUAUCUACCCAAAAUUCAUACACACUAAAACUGGGGAAUAAUAGACCUUGUACCUGCUGAAUCAGGAAUGAUGACUUCAAAAAGAAAAAAGCUGCUUCUUGUUGGUUUUUUGGUUUUGGGGGGAGGGGGUCUUCGUGUUUUUGCAACAAGGCGUCUUUUAAAAUCAUAAUUAUUUGUGUUCCCACAUAUUGGUCCUUUUCUUUUAAAAAGUGUUCAAGAACUAUUCAUUUGAUGAUUUGGAACUCAGAGCUUUGUAAAAUUGGUAACAAAACAUCAAGCAGGAAGUAAUUGAACUUUGGUGUCGUGAUCGGCCUCAGGAAUGCACCCCCCCUUCCCACCCCUCACCCUGGACUCCACAGCUACUUGUCAGGCUGCAUCUACACACCAUACCCCACCUCACACCCUCUCAGGCCCUUGAAGGUAAACCCAUUGGACCGUGAAACAUUUACAGUACUGUCUGUCCAAUUUGCUCGAUCUUCACUGUUUAGAAGCGUUUUAACUGAAGUGUGGUUUGUGUGGGCCGUGAACCAUUGUACUUGAAGUAGGCACCUGCAGGGAAGGGCACCGGCCAGGUCACACGUUCUAGCAGACCCCACUGAUGAAGCAGGCCAAAGCCAUCGUGCAAAUCAGCAGAAGCAAGUGGUGAGAGGCGGGAAGAAAACACGGUCAGCGGCCGUGAUUUGAAAGUCCUACUAAAACCCUUCCUUGUUUGUUGUAACACUAACCCACAGCUUAGGGAGAAAUACCAGCUUUCCUUCAUGUCACUUUGAAAUUCAUUCCUUCCUCCUCACCACAUCAGGAGUCAGACGUUGGUGGCCAAGCCCGAAUUCUGCAGAAAGGGGGCCCUUCUCGUUUCACCCGGGCCGCGACCAUGAUGCCCCUGUGCACUUCCCUAAUCGACACUCUGCUGGAGGGAGCCUGUUGGUAGCCAACUGUUUACAUUUCUUUAUAUAAAUAAUGUGCUUUCAGUGCCUUAGUUACGGGUCCCUUUUCUUUUUCUUGUUCCAGGAAUUCUGCAAUGUGUUUCUUAGGUAAAAGUCUCUCUUUGCUACUCACUGGGAAGAAAAUGGUUUGUAAACACUGGUCACUGUCGUAAACUUUGUGAUGACAUCCAGAGAGGAGAGCUAGAUGCUGAGGUGGCUUUUGCCUUAGAGCUGUUAUUUAUGCCGUAGGAAACAAAAACGGUCCCGUCACACCAUGAGCUUCAGAUUGGAGACGACCCAAAAGCCGCCUUGUACCGACCUUAAGUUUUUAUUUCAGAAGAGAAUCUUGGUUUUGGUAAUUUAUUUUUUAAAAGAUUAUGUACAAAACACCAAGUUUUAAAAAUAACUCACAGAAUGGCCUUAGUUUUCAAUGUCCACUGGUAUGUUUGUGAGUUGUGCUAUCUGUAAUUUACAUCCCAGAAUAAAGUGGAAUGAAUUAGA